GUAUCCGCAAAGCUCAUUUAGAGCUCCGGAUAUUCAAUGUGUCCUUCGCCACUGCCAAAAAUCCGGGCACUCAGUCCGCGGAGACACGUGUCUCUUGUACAAACGACACGUGGCCAUACACGUGUCUUGUCAUAAAAUACAAAUUAAUUAAUUGAAUGUGAUGUGAUGCAUAAUUUAACAUGUGUAUCUUUCGUGAGGGUGCUUGUGUUAAAAUCGCGAUAGAGAAUUGUUUAUUCUAGUCAGAGUGUGAUUUUUGAAACGUGUGACAAGAUGUUUAAUAUGGAAAAUAUUGACGUUGAUCUCGUAAACCGGCAGUUCUUUUUCGAUUCUAGUCCUUUUAUUAACGGAACUGUUAGUAGCACUGGAAGUACAACAGGGUCAUCCAAUGGUAGUGAUUUGUUUUUAUAUGAUGAAAAUAGUAGUGACUCCGUCGGGUCUUCGUAUUCCUACAACAGUGACCAAGAAAACAGCUCCGGUUCCAAAGAGGGUCGUCUGCACCGCCACCGACGUCGAAACAAAUGCCCCCAACAGCAAAUUCAGCAGCGACAAGCGGCCAACCUUCGCGAAAGAAAACGAAUGCAAUCCAUCAACGAUGCCUUUGAAGGUUUACGCGCCCACAUACCCACCCUCCCCUACGAAAAACGCCUUUCCAAAGUAGACACCUUAAAAUUAGCCAUAGGAUAUAUAAAUUUUUUAAGCGAACUUGUCCGAACCGACAGGAACUCCAACACCGAUUGUUACAACGGUCACAAUCGCAACACCCAGAAGGACGAACCCAAAAAAGUCAUCGUGAGAGGAUCGGGCGGCUUGUACACGGCCCACUCCUUGUCCUGGUCCAGGACGAAAGAGCCCAACUCCAACGGGAUAAUGCACGCCAAAGUCUGGAUACCGGAAGACCCAAGAACGAAUAAGGACGGUAGCAGUUCUUCUUUCAAUCUCUCAGAUUGAACUUCCUUACUACCCACAUAUUAUUUUUUUAUGUUUCUUGUUACUGUUGCUCCUAUUUUUAUAUUCCUAACUAUUCCUAGUCCAAGCUAGUCACUAGUGUAAUACUCAAUAGAGAUUUUGUAAAUGAUUGUAAAUAAAAAUUAAAUAUUUA